AUUUUAUCUCUGCCGUACGAUCAAGGCGCCGGCAAUCAGAGAGAGAGUCAGAAGAGUUAGAAGAGUGAAGAGCAGUUGAGAAUACAAAGCAGGCGUGUUCGCUGUGAUUGACGUACAGCUCAGAUUGAACGUGCCGCUCAUGUUCACCUCUCUUCCUCCUCGCGCUGAUUCAUUGCAGGAGCGGCAGCUUGGCCCUUCGUACGAAGCUGUUCAGCGGCGGCGCGCGCUGCUGUUACACUGCAGCCUUUUUCUUUUCUUCCAUCUUCCAUCUUCCAUCUUCCAUCUGAACACUCGCCGGCUUGAACGCUUGACCGUACGAGAGCGCCGCGCCGUAGUCCCCCCCUCGAUCGGACGCGUAUAAAGACCGAUUGAUAUACAAAGGCCGAGUUCUAGAACCAAGGUUUGGAGACUGCUACCCUGAA